AUGUCUCGUCAAUUCUCCAGGGAUAAGGACGUCAAUGGAGUGUUUACCCAGGAAGAGAUUGAGUGCCUCGAAGAUGAGGCUAUAUUAGAAACUGAACCGAUAGCAGCAGCAUCUACCACUGGCAAGAGGAAAGUGUCUGUAGUGUUGAAUCCCCCCUCAGACUUUUCAACUUCCUCCUCGUCUAGUCCCUCAGCAUCGAUCAGCAUGCGGGAUUUUAGUCCCCCCAGAGUCUACAAGUUCGAUUUGCCUAUGACGGAUGACAGCACUGCUACUUUAGAAUGGGUUGGAUUUAUACCUUCCGCUGCGAAGGAAAUUUUCAAACGCUACUGUGAUCGCCCUGAUCCCGGGCAGAAUCCAGACAGCCUAAUGGACUACGCCUUUGCACACGUGUCUGAGCUGACGACAAGCAGAUUCAAGGAUAUGGACCUCAGGGAGGCCAUAAUGCGCGUUGGGCUUAAUCAACAAAUACUAGAAGCACUGACCGAUCCUGAAUUUUCCGAUAUAUUUUGGACGAAUGACCUCCAUUUUUGGGUUAAUGAUACCCUCAACCUCAAUUAUGCCACCCUUCUCUCCCGGCAGGAACUACUUAAAAACCACGCCAGUCGAGGUAUCGCUUAUAGAAAAGAUAAUGAGCCAGCCACGAUUAACAUAACACCGCAAGAUUUCCAAUUCCCCGCCGCGCACGUGGCGAUAGAGCCAAAUAGUACUAUCCUGCCAGAGCAUGUCGUCCUCUACAAGGGAAAGGGCUUCUGCGAUCUGAACGAGCCGAGACACAUCGUCAGACAUGACGGGAGCGUUUGUGCCCUCUUACUUGCAACACAGCCAGGCGGAGACUUCAAUUGGAAUGACUUCGCUGGUUACUGGACUCCAGAGAAGGAGACGGCUGAGCAGGACCGCAAAUGGGCGGCCAGGAGAAAUCCCCGUUGCGAGACCUGUAUACUUGAAAUCCAGAUCUCCAAGGAUUUUCUGGACGCUUUAAAACCAGCGGAGCUCUGGUACUCUGCCGAUUGGAAAAGAUACAUCUGGUUUUGCAGAAAUGCAGAAGUGCCAGAUAAUAGGUUUGAGUAUCUCUGGGAGCCUGAUCAGGUCGGUGUCGUCAAAGGCCAUAUUUGCACUGGCAUCUCAAAGAAUAUCAGGUGUAUUCGCGAACAGGACAUUGAGACCGAAAUCACAGAAGACAAUGUACUAUGGUGCCGCAGAACAAACCACAAAGCCAUUCAAUGGGCAUUUUUGUCGCAUACGCUCAAACAGCUGGUUACCGAGAUUCGUGGCAAAAUGCACAUUGAAAUAGUCGCACCUCUUGAGUCAACCCAGCAGAAGUAACACAGCUCUCUUUCCGGGCUGUAGAGCAGGAGCGUCAAUCCUCACGGACCGCGAGGUCUUCCUAACCAACCUCUUUU